ACCUAUCCAACGCAACUUGUGUGUGGCUGGUCGCACGGAAACCGUGUCAAAGAUUACAGAUGUCGCAUUGAUAAAGAAUAGAUCAGCAACUAUGUCAACAUCAGGAAGGUCGAGCAGUGCCAAAAGGUCGGCCAGCAGACACCAGCAGUCACCAGGGGCUUCACAGUCUAGUGGAGUCCUUCUACCCAGACGACCAAAACAACACAACCAUCAGCCAUCUUUAAGGAAGCAUAGGCGAUCCCAUACAGCCCCACAGUACACAGAGCGUAGUCUGAGCUCAUGCAGUAGUUCAUCCAUUCAGAGUGGAGAAGAGACUAACCGCUCUUCUUGUUCAUCUGAUAAUGGGCAAGAUGCCACCGAGCCGACUUAUUCUUGCCAUAUCUCUUGCCGAGUAUCCCCUGACAAGCCUGAACACUUUGAGUUUUUCAAACCGUACUCCGUCUACCGUGCCCCCCUGAAGCAAUCCAAGAGCCUUCCAUCCUGUUUCUCUGAUAGCUACACAAUGCAGCAUCCUGACUUGGAUAAUGGUCAGAAGACGUAUCUGUGGCAUACAGCGUCGGUGUAUAGUAUGAGCAACAUGAAGGCUUUGCAGCAGAGACGCUACAAGCAGCUACUGCAACAUCAAGUUGAUAUUGGGUUCCACACCCAAGAGGAAUGUGAUCGCUAUCUGCAGUAUCUUCUUAAAGCUCGGAAGCGUCAGUUCAUAGCAGACCCAAGUGUAUGGAGAGAACCGCCUAAAAUUCCCGUCAGGCAGAAAUCUUCCACCCUCCCACGACCUUCAAGAGCCAAAUCCCAUCGGGACUACAGAUACUACCCCAGGGGAUAUGAAGACACCAAGGGGCAGCGGGCGGAGGAGGAUGGUAGAGAAAGUCGUCAAGAGAAGAAUGUAGAUGAAAGAGAGGAUCAAAGUCAGGAAGCUACUGAUGAGGGCAAAGGUCAUAUUGAAACUGGAGGUCAUGAUGACAGUAAAGGUCAGACAGAGGUCAAAGGUAAAGAUGAUGUUGAAAAGGAUGAAGGGAAGGAAGGUGGUCCGCAGGAAACUGAUGCGAAGUCAGAUUCUGACGACGAUGAUAAGCUUUCAGAGUCGAUGCAAGGAGUGUCGCUGUACUAUGACCCACAACGGAAGACAACUGUUACCCGUGGCAAGAAGGAGAAAGACGGAAAGGCUCAAGAAAAUUCUGGUGAUGAGGACGGGCAACAAAAAUCCGAAGCAGCCAAAACAAGUCAUCAAAACUGCUUUUGGGGAUCCCAUUGAUUACAAACAAUUUAUCUACAAGUUUUUGUAACAACUUGCCGAUUUUGAUUUUCAGAGUGGAAGAACUAAGGCCUUUGGGCAUGUCGUGGCCUAGUGAUCCAGUUCACCGAACCCAAGCUCUACUGUUGUUAUCUACGUACUGGUUGUUAUAAUAUAUUUUCCCAAUCAGCGACCGUUAUUGUUUGAUAGUUAGUAUACGGCACAAAGUGAAUCUCGAUGGGUGAGUGGUAAUGAACAAGAAAAUCUUGCACCAAGACUAAAGUAUGACAAAAUGUUUGAGGUGCGAACACUUGUAGGUUUUUAACACAUAAGUAUUAAUGUCAAAAUGAUCAACAUUUAAAGGCCUGGGACACUAUUGGUAAUUGUCAAAGACAAGUCUUCUCACUUACUGUAUCUCAACCCAUGCAUAAAAUAAC